GAUCAGUAAAUGCUUGUGAAAAGACCUCAUUUAUGUUUCUUCGACAAGAGUUGCCUGUUAGAUUGGCAAAUAUAAUGAAAGAAAUAAGCCUUCUUCCAGACAAUCUUCUCAGGACGCCAUCAGUACAGUUGGUACAAAGUUGGUAUAUACAGAGUCUUCAGGAGCUGCUUGAUUUUAAGGACAAAAGUGCUGAAGAUGCUAAAACUAUUUAUGAAUUCACAGACACAGUGAUAAGGAUCAGAAACCGGCACAAUGAUGUCAUUCCAACCAUGGCCCAGGGUGUGACCGAAUACAAGGAGAGCUUCGGGGUGGAUCCUGUCACCAGCCAAAAUGUCCAGUACUUUUUGGAUCGAUUCUACAUGAGUCGCAUUUCAAUUAGAAUGUUACUCAACCAGCACUCUUUAUUGUUUGGUGGAAAAGGAAGCCCAUCUCAUCGAAAACACAUUGGAAGCAUAAAUCCAAACUGCGAUGUAGUCGAAGUCAUUAAAGAUGGCUAUGAAAAUGCUAGGCGGCUUUGUGAUUUGUAUUAUGUUAACUCUCCUGAACUAGAACUUGAAGAACUAAAUGCGAUUUCACCAGGACAGACAAUACAAGUGGUUUAUGUACCAUCCCAUCUCUAUCACAUGGUGUUUGAACUGUUCAAGAAUGCAAUGAGGGCUACCAUGGAGCACCAUGCUGACAAAGGUGUCUAUCCCCCGAUUCAAGUUCAUGUCACACUGGGUGAGGAGGAUUUGACUGUGAAGAUGAGUGACCGGGGAGGUGGUGUUCCACUGAGAAAGAUUGACAGACUCUUCAACUACAUGUACUCAACUGCACCCCGGCCUCGUUUUGAGACAUCCCGUGCAGUGCCCCUGGCUGGUUUUGGUUAUGGAUUGCCCAUAUCACGCCUCUAUGCACAGUACUUCCAGGGGGACCUAAAGCUGUACUCCUUGGAGGGCUACGGGACUGACGCUGUUAUCUAUAUUAAGGCUCUGUCAACAGAAUCCAUCGAGAGACUCCCCGUGUAUAAUAAAGCUGCCUGGAAGCAUUACAAAACCAACCAUGAAGCUGACGACUGGUGUGUCCCCAGCAGAGAGCCGAAAGACAUGACCACAUUCCGAAGCUCUUAGAUGCACAUGGGGCACCUGGAAAAUCCAAAUGUGGUUUUGCUAAGUUUGGAAGAGAUGUGUUUGGAGCCACAUUAUAUCAAAUAUGUCAUUUGUGAUUUUCACAAUUCAUGUUGCUAAAGCUCCUAAAGGAUCAAUUAUACCAACUUUAUUCUGAUAUGUUUGGUUAAUUGGACAUAUUUUUAAACACUCAUAGUAUCAACUUCCCUCUGUGUGGUAGAUUUAUUGAGUGUGAAGUCUCUGGGUUUCUGGAGGAAGUUAAAUAUUGAUUUUCAAGUUCUCAUUUAUUUCUGCUGGAAAUAAAGAAUGUGGAGUAGCUGGUUAGUGGCUCGCUUUUGGAGUUCUGUCACAUGUUGGUGAUAACGGCUAAUUAGAUGGUGUUCUCAUCUUCCACGAAAGCAGAAUCCAGUGGUACCAAUAGGACCUUUCACGCAUUGUCUGCUGAAAUGAAUUAUCAUGGCAUUCUUUUAUUGCAGAAGGUUGUAAUGUCUGAUUUCCCGCUGAGCUAAGUCCCCAUCAUAGGUAGUGUACUCAGGAUCAGUGCAAGGGAUUUUCUUUAAGAACAAUGUCUCUCUGUAGCCCUAGCUGGCCUUGAAAUCGACACCCAUCCUUAGCAUCCUGAGUGCUGCAAUGAGAAGGGUGUGUCUGGUGCAUAAGAGAAAUGUUUAUGCCCAAACAAGCAAAGUAGCAGCAGAGAAAGAACCAGGGCAAAGCACUAAGUGCCCGUACUGAACCGACUGACUGUUAAGGUUAUCUGAUGGAGCUUUUGAAAGAAUUCGUUUUUCUGGGUCCUGCUCCAGGAAUCCAGAGGCUGAAGGAAGGUUUUGGUUCUCCUGUUUCCAGGUCAGAUUGCUAGACUUUAGGAGACAUAAUCUAAAUCUCAGGCCUGGUACAAUUGAAAGCAGAGUCAGGAACAGGGAGACUAGGGUGACCUUAGUCACCUUGGUUUUAAGUGGUGGCUGAGGAACAUGCAUUUUUCUAAAACCCAGAUUUCUUUUCUUUUUCUAAAUCAGAGAAAAGUCAGCUUAGAUUGGCUACAAAACCCCUUUGUAUCUGUGUGGUAAUUUAAAGUUUGGAAAUGCUUUGAGGUAUUAGGACGUUAUUUGUGUCAAAACACGAGCUGUGGAACCUUGGUUCUCACUCUGAGUAACCCAAAGUCACACAGACUUGGAGCUAUAGCCUGAGCUAUCCCUGCUGAUCACUGUCAUCUGUCAUGGUUGUUCUUACCGCAUCUGUUAAGUGAUGAAGAAAUACUUUGAAAAUGUGCUUGGCUACUUACCUGGAGGGAUCUGGGGGUUUGGUUUGGAAAGUGCUGUGAGUUAAAGCAUCUCACUCUUGAUAGGAUUUAUCAAAUACUACUUCAUCCCAUAUAUAUAUAUAUAUAUCCAAAUCAUGCAGUGUGGUACAAAAUAGAAUUCUUGUACCAAAUGAUAGAAACUUGUAGGUUGAGGAUGCCCAGGGUGGUCAAUUCAGGACCCUCAUGUGAGAGGUGAGGGGCCUGAAACUCAGGUCCUGUUGGUCCAGGGUUUUUAGCUAAUACAACCAAAUGUUGGAAAAGACAUACCUUAUACCCGCUGUUCCUAACUGAGGACUUUGUAAGAAAUAAUAGACUAUGUUCAUGAGUGACAUUUAUUCCGUGUAUUACACUUAUUAGCUUUAAAUUACAUUUUCUUGCAAUGAUGAAAUAUUUUGGAAUCUUUUGUACAACUGUCAAUAAAUGUACUAUUUUUACUUGUGAAAUACUUUUCCUUCUCCAAAGAAUUAGAAGUUCCUCCCUCCCCCAUUUAAGAGCUAAGAAAUGUUUUCAGACAAGAAGUAAAAUAAAAUUAUUUUACUUCAGUCUCUUGUUAAGGUGUAGCACCUUUCGCUUUGUUAUCAUGGUAAUGGAUGGAAAAUUGUGUGUGAAAAUAUUGGGGGGGGGGAGUUUUUUCAGAGUUGCUUUUAAAGAUACCUAAAAGGUUUUUAGAUUCUCAAGAUGAGCUGGUUGGUCUGUCAGCAAUUAUUUUAUGUGGUGUGGGUGUAAAAAUAGAUUGAUGGUCAGGGAGUGGAUAGCAAGUGGUUUUCAUAACCUGGGCAGUUAAUGAGUAUGCCAGUACAUUGUAGGAAAGGGAUUGUAAGAAUAUCCCAAGCUGCAGUUUAAAAUGGUAGUUGGUUUUGAUGCCUUUACACUUAAUAAUGGUCAAUAUCUUCCACUGUGCAGUUUCUACAUGGAUGUAUUGAAGCAGAAUUCUACCAUAGUAAAAGAUGUUUUCUCAGUGACAGUAAACUGGAAACAUGAAUCAGCUCUUUUCAAAUAAACUUGAGUCACUUAAGGAAUUUUAGAAAUAUACUCCUGUCUUUUAAAGAGCAGCCUGUCUCACCAUCAACAUUCAACAUUCUAUAAACGUUCAAGAACUGUAACUAGGUGCCAGCAGGUAAAAGCAAUGGCCACCAAGCCUGGCAACCUAGUUCCUUCCUCAGAGCACACAUGGCGGAAGGAAAGAACCGACUACCCCAUAAGUUGUCUUCGGACCUCCACAUGUGCACUGGCACGUGGGAUCCCCCACACAAAAUAAAACGAAACUUCAGUUAUAGCUAGGUAUUUUGCACUCUCUUAACUAUCUCUAAUAGAGGUGUUUGAGGCAGGUUUCCAAUGUGUAUAGUCUAACGGGGAAGCAGGUAGUAAGUAAAGUUUGUGUGGUUUCAGUUACCCUAGGUUUUUCAUUAUCUAAUACACUGCCAAUGAUUGAAAUGUACUGCAUAGAUGGAGACCUGAUGUAUAAUUUUGCAAAGCUAUAUAUAUAAAUUUGGAUAACCUUCCACAGUAGAAAUAAUUGUAGGAAGGGGCUUAGCCAGCACUACCUUCUACUUAAUGAUAAUGGAGUGUCUGAACUUUUACAGUCAAGGCAGAGCGCAUUCUGUUUUUCAUUGAUAGCACAAAAGCACCACAUCUUCCUGUCACUGUUAAAAUCAGUAAGGUCCAGCCAGGAUGGUGGCACACCUGUAAGUGACUCACAUGAGUUUGAGCCAGCCUGGUCAGCAUAGGGAGUUUUGGGCCAGCCAGGGCUACAUAGUCCCUGUGGUUUUUGUUUGUUUUAAAACCAAUAAAGUCCAUAACAAUUACAGAGGGAAGGGAAAGAGUUGUGUGGCUCUGGUUAAUUGGGGAGGAACCCCAGCCAGUAAACUUUGAGUUGAUGUCAUUAGUUUUACAAAGGAAUGUGAAGCUUCAGAGGGUAGGUGGCUGGGGUUAAACUUGGUUUUUACUGGAGGAACUACUCAUUAUAGCUGAUCAAUAUCUGGUCUCAAUACUAUUAAUUUUCUCACAGUCAAACCCAAGACACUCAAAAAAUAAUACAACUAAUGCUUUGUGAAGUUGUUUUUCUCAUGUCAGCAAUGAAUGCAUUCCUAUUUUACUUAGUCCCGUCGUUCAUAAACCACUGUAUCAUUUGUUCUACUUUUGUGUUUGGAAAGAAUUAAACAUUUUACUGUCCACUUUU